AUUAAAUUAGAUGAAGAAGAAACCUCAAGUUUUCGAGAUCGACUCCUACCUCUUAUAAUCGGGUUGCUGAGAACAGCAAAACUACCGUAUGUGUUGAGAAUAUAUUGUGAUACACUUACUGCUGAUAUGAAAACUGCUAUCAAGACUGCAGUUGCAGACCUCCUUCCUGUUCUUCUCACCCGACCUUUGGAGUCAGAUUUUACACCAGGAGAACGAAUGGUGGAUGCAGAUGGUGGUGGCUCAUCGCUUGCAAGCAAGUUAAGGAGCUUGUCAUCUGAAAGCUUUGUUCAACUUUUGGCAGCUAUUUUCAAUAUUGUACGGGCACAUUUAGUGCGGGCCUCUGAAGUAAAAAAGGCCGUUGAGUGGAUUAUGUGCAAUAUUGAUGGUCACUAUGCAGCCGAUUCAGUUGCUGCUGCAAUUGCACUGGGUGCAGCGGUUGCAGAAGCAGCUCAAGAAACUGAUGGUCAAGCUGGUUCCUUUCUGUUAUAUUCUCCUCAGAGGAAUGCUGCAAAGAUGCCUUCAAUGCAAGGAAAGGCAAAUAAUGGAGCUAAUUCAUCAAAUGUGUCAAAGAAUUUCAGAGCUGAUGUUUUGCGAGAAAACACAGAAGCUGUGUUUGCAGCUUGUGACGCUGCUCAUGGAAGAUGGGCAAAGCUUCUUGGGGUCCGUGCUCUUCUUCAUCCUAGGUUGAGAUUGCAGGAGUUCUUAGGCAUAUAUAAUAUCACCCAGGAGUUCAUAACUGCUACUGAGAAGAUUGGUGGAAGGUUGGGAUAUAGCAUUCGAGGAAUGCUACAGUCACAGGCCAAGGCUUUUGUUGAUUUCCAGCAUGAAUCUAAGAUGGCAAAAAUCAAGGCGGUACUUGACCAAGAAACUUGGGUUGAAGUGGAUGUUCCUGAUGAAUUUCAGGCCAUCGUCACUUCUCUGUUUUGUUCUGAGCCUUUAACUGCUGAGCACACAGAUGAUGGUCAAGAUAACACUGCACGGAGCAACAGCACUAACAAUAAGCAACGUGGAAAAUCUUCCUCUCAAACACUUUUAUUCAGAGGUGUUGGUUAUCACAUGGUAAACUGCGGCUUAAUUUUGCUGAAGAUGUUGUCGGAGUACAUAGAUAUGAGUAAUUAUUUGCCAGUGCUGUCUUCGGAAGUUGUUCAUCGUGUAGUUGAAAUCUUGAAGUUUUUCAAUACAAGAACUUGUCAGCUUGUUCUUGGUGCUGGUGCCAUGCAG